GAGCUGCGCAAUCGGGAGAGGGUAGAGAACACGCAAUCAGGAGUGUGUGCUAGGACGCUGGAGUUUGUUUAGUGCGCAGUAUUUUUACCCAUCGUUAUUUAGUGUGUCCGAGUGUACGUUGAGACUUUAGAUUCGGUUCUUUGAGAACUUUUAAGAACUUAAAGAACUCGUUCAACUGACUUAACGUAUCGCUGAGAAGAAAGCGGGAUAGCAACAUCGUAACAUCUGGAGACUUGAGUUUUGUCUUCAAUAUUACUGUUUGGGGAGAGACGUCAAGUUUAUUGGAGGCUCUCGGCAAACUUCCUGUCCUGUAACUGCUGUGGAGUUCAGAAGGAGUACUGUCACUGAGAGACUGAGACUGACCGUAACGUGCGCGUUUCCCCGGUGCGCCUCUUUAGAACAGCGGGUGCAUUGCCAGGACAGCUAGCAGCACUGGGACGCAGGAAAUAAGUGUGUGUGUGCAAGUCUCUUGUCUCGCACACACAUAAAGAGCCACGAACGUGCACGUGCAUGUGAGAGAAAGCCGUGGACACGGGCUAUUGAAGAGGAGGGGUGAAUGCCUUGGACAGGACUGCACUGGUGUGUGUGCUGCAGGCAGGGGUUCAAUCUGCUGGGCCGAGACCAUGCAGAGAAAGAGGAGGAAGAGUCGUUCGAGUUGCGCAAUAAGGACGAAGUAAAGAGCAAUGGCCGACGGCCCCUGGAGGCGAUUCUCUCCCAGCCCACGCGCUCCCCCAACGGGUCCUGCAGACUGUCAGAUGUGUCAGACGAGAUGAAGAGUCUGAUAGUGAAGAAGGCGAGGCCGGUGGUGGAGGAGGAUCCGGAGGUUCUAGUCAAAGGUUGGCUGUACCGUGAGAUGGGUACGGGCUGGUGCCGUCUGAAGCGGUUCUGGUUCCGUCUGAGCCAGGACUCCCUGGACUACAGCAGCGGGCCGCAAUCCCAGCAGACCCUCAGUAGCCUGGUGCUGACCAGCCUGUGCUGUGUGCUCUGGCCCGACAAACACACCUACCGCAAGACAGGUUACUGGAGCCUGUGUGUGUAUGGGAGGAAGCACUGCUACCGGCUCUUCACGCAGCACUUUAACGAGGCGGUGCACUGGGCCUGUGCGAUUCAGAAGGUCAUCGACAGCAAGCCACCGCUGGAGACGCCAACACAGACCCUCAUCAGGGAGAUAGAGGAGAACAAGUUCAACCCUGAGGUGGUGGAGCACAUGUACCAGCAUAACCCCAUCCUGAGAUACAGCCAGUCUCCCCUGUACGCCCCCCUGCUGCCUCUGCCCUACGGCAGCCUGGAACACAUGCAUGUGCGUGGGAAAGGCUACCGGAGUGUGCGUGAGGAGGCCGUGCGUCUCUUCAGUGGACUGCAGCAGCUGGAGUCGGUGGCCGAGCCCAUCCCACUGAUCCAGGGCCUGCUGCAGACAUGCCUGGACCUGCCUGCGCUCCGCGACGAGCUCUACGCACAGGCCAUCAAGCAGACCACACACGCACACGCCAACACACCCACACACACACACUCGCACGCUAACGCGCUAGUGCGGGCCGGCAGGCAGGAGCGGACCAACGGGGAGCCUGCCACGCUCACGCUGGACAACACACACUCGCUCACACAUCAGCAGCACCCACAGACGAACGGGCGGGCGCACACACCUGCGCAGGCACAAACGCGGGCGCCGGCGCACGCACACCUGCGCUACUGGCAGCUUCUCACCUGCAUGAGCUGCACCUUCCUGCCGAGCAGUAGCAUCCUCAAGCACCUGCAGUUCCAUCUGAAGAGGAUGCAGAGUGAAAGUGUGGAUCCGGAGGUGGAGAGCUACGGCUGGUUCAUCUCGGAGGCGCUGGGGCGGACGCGGGGCCGUGACUGCGUGCCCUCCUGGGGGGAGAUCCAGCAGCUGAUGCGCCGGCAGGAGCUCAUGUGUGUGGUGCACUAUCCUGGACCCGCACACUGCCCGCUGCGCAUCAGCUCCCACACCACCGCCAGCCAGGUUGUGAGGAGAAUGAGGGAGCUGCUGGGGCUGCAGGACAGCCUCAACACCUUCGCCCUGUUCGAGCAGACGGCAUGCUGGGAGAAACGGGCCGGCAGCUGGGAGAAGCUCAUCGGGGGCAGCACCAUCAUCGCUGACGUCCUCACCAAGUUCGAGAACCUGUCUGCCAAAGGCUCUGAGGGCCAGAGGAGGCUGUGCUUCAAGCUGCACUGUCUGAUGGACACACACAACAUCUCAGCGGGCAGCAUGGAGCAGCUCUUCCUCUAUGAACAGUGUCAUGAGCAGGUGCUUCGGGGGCAGCUGCCCGUGUGUGAGGCUGACCUGGUGUGCCUGGCGGCCCUGCGUCUGCAGGCCCAGCUGGGGGACCUGAGCGCGGCACCCCCCUGCCCUCCCCCCGAGCAGCUCUUCCCCCAGAGCCUCCUCCUCCGACCCCCCAGUACCACCUCCUCCACCCCCACCGGGGCCCCCGCCGCUGGGGCCCCAUCUCCGGACACCACGUCCCUGUCACGGGCCCUCCUGGGCAGCCUGUGGGGGCGCAAGCGGCGCGAGCAGGAGGAGGAGUGCACCCGCAACCGGCUAAAGGAGGAGGCGGCCGCCGUCAUGGCCGCUGUGGCCGAGCGCUGGAGGGGGCUGGCCGGCCUGGGCCGUGCCGACUGCAUGACCGCCUACCUGUCCGUCAUGCAGCAGUGGGCAGGCUUCGGAUCCGCCCUCUAUGAGGUGGACCUCUAUGUGAGCUCGCUGGGCAGCUUCUCAGGCAGGCUGCUGCUGGGUGUUGCGGCCUCUUGUGUCUCGCUGUAUCAGCCCGGAGAGGCUGAACCCCUGGACUCCUUCCCCAUCGGUCAGAUCUGUUCAUACGGCAUCUCGGACCCUCACACACUCCGCAUCAGCACUGGCGACCGGGAUCUGCUACUGCAGACCAGCCAGCUGACAGAGAUUGUGCACUUGAUGAAUGCCUACCUCUGUGCCACCCAACGUCAUCUGGGCAAGGGGGAUGUCACCGUUACCAUGGAGACCCAUCCCAAGUUGUGCAACCCACUGCUCCAGCUGCCCUCGCAUGCAGUGUGAUGAAACACACUCACACAUGCAUACACACACACACUCACACACACACAAACACAUUCACACACAGAGGCUCAAGCCAUGUCCUCAAAGCACUGAGAACUGUGGAAACACACCUGAGUUUGAAGAACCUCAAAAUCCUAAGAAUUAUGGCAAAUAUACGCACACACACAAAGCAAUCUGUCACCUCUGAUAUAGACUGGAAAACAGACAAGACAGACAGACAUCACAGACCCUCUGAGAGCGCUGGCGAGCCUGUGGGAGCACACAGCGACAGAUAAAGAGACAGACAAUCAUUACUGGACGGUCAGAGGGAGGAAGUGCGCUAGCCCUUUGAUGGCGUCUUUGGCUUUUGAGCAGGACGCGGAUUUUCAGACUCCAGAUGCACUCAGCGGGAGAGGUUACGGCUAAGGAGCUGGGAACAUCCUGUCCCCUGCAGCACCAGAGGAUUCUGGGAACAGACACUGGGGGAUUCUGGGUAUGUCCAAACCCCCUCCGACUCAGCUAAGCUCUUCACACAGAUAGCAUUUGAUCAGUCUGUCCAACUGAUUGCGUCUUUCAGCAAGAGGAUCUCCCUGAGGGAAAAGGGUUGGUCCCGGCUAUUAAGGCUUUUGUACUUUUUAAAAACAUUUUUUUUACAUGUUUUAAUAUUCGCUUGGAAAGAACUAUAAAACACCCUUAACAACUCUCGCCCACACCCCUCACUGAAUGAUGUGUGCACGCGUGUGUGAGAGAUGUGAUCUGACGUGAUCACGACUCAGCCCUUCUGUCACGAGAGCUCGGACCAAAGCUCUCCGGAGGCUUCUAACACUGACUAACUCCCUCCUAGCUCUCACUGCACUACACUACAGCCCAAAUCAACAGACUUCUUCAGCUCUUAACUCUGCUUCAGCACAGAGUGGUGAAUUUUCCUCCAACACACACGGCCUCUCCUUCUCACGCGCACACACACACACACACACACAGACGGUGAGAAUGCUAGUGUGCAGCUGCUGGCAGCUGUGAGCCAAGGGGGGAAACUAAACAGACUGUUUAUAGCCUCCAGCUCGGAAACGGAUUGGUUUUUGCCACACGGUACUUUUUCUUAUGUCACUCAUUUUAUCGGCCACUACUGCACUGUUGAUUGUACAGCUGACUCAGACGUGCAAUAAUAUAGCUAACAAACAAUAAAUACUGUAUGUACAAAUAAAUAAGAACCAUUAUACCA